AUGGCUGCAGAUAGCGUGGAGACUUCUGGGAAAUGCAGUCCUGCUGGCUGCGCAGGCGCGAAGCUGAAGCGGAGGCGGGUGGAAGUGGCGCGGUGCGGCGGUACUCUUGGAAUCCUCUGGCCCUGUGAGGAACAAGAGAUGAUGUUGGAGCCAAAGGAAGAGGAGCAGUCUUCAGAAUAUGAAACUCAGCUACCAGGGAACCACAGUACCAGUCAAGAGGUCUUCCGCCAGCGCUUUAGACAGCUCUGCUACCAGGAAGUUCCUGGUCCCCGGGAGGCCUUGUGCCAACUACGGGUACUUUGUUGUGAAUGGCUGAGGCCAGAGAGCCACACUAAGGAGCAGAUCCUGGAGUUAUUGGUACUGGAACAAUUCCUGACCAUCCUGCCAGAGGAGCUCCAGUGGGUGCGGGGACAUCACCCUAAGAGUGGAGAAGAGGCCGUGACUGUGCUAGAAGACUUAAAGAAAGGACUUGAACCAGGACUGCAGGUUCCAGGACCUGCAUGUGGACCUGCACAGGAAGAGCCAUGGGAGGAGAAGGCACCUCUGGGACCAGAACAGGCAGCAGGCAUCCAGCUCCAACCUCAGGAGAUCCAGUUCAAAUGUGAAUUUCAGGAGACCCAGCCCUUCCCAGAGAGUGGUGAGAAACAGAGUUCUGGGGAGGAAGAGGAAGAAAAGAAAAUAAAAGAACAGGUACACUUAGAUUUUCCAUCGGUUGUUGCAGAAGAUCUUCCAGAACUCAAGGAAGAAGAAUCACUGUCACAGCCACCCAUUACUGAAGUGGAAUCACACAUAUUCUUGGAAAACCUUACCACUGACACCUCAACAUUUGAAGCUACCUCAGAAGUUGAAGGCACCUUAGAACAGCAGCAAAGAAAUCCCAAAAUGAAAAGACCAAGGCCAUCCCCUGCUCAGGAAAAAAGUCUCGGACAGAUGGUUGUCACCCAUAAGAAAACUCCUACAGGCAAGAAAGACCAUGAAUGCAGUGAAUGUGGGAAAGCUUUCAUUUAUAAUUCACAUCUUGUAAUCCACCAGAGAAUUCAUUCUGGAGAGAAACCCUUUAAGUGUAGUGACUGUGGAAAAACUUUCAAUCAGAGCUCAAACCUCAUUCAGCAUCAGAGAAUUCAUACAGGAGAGAAACCCUAUGAAUGUAAUGAAUGCGGGAAGGCCUUCAGGUGGGGUGCUCAUCUUGUUCAACAUCGGAGGAUUCAUUCAGGAGAAAAGCCGUAUGAGUGUAAUGAAUGUGGGAAGGCCUUUAGUCAAAGCUCAUAUCUAAGUCAGCAUCUGAGAAUUCACAGUGGAGAGAAACCUUUUAUAUGUAAAGGAUGUGGGAAAGCUUACAGAUGGAGUUCAGAGCUUAUUAGACAUCAGAGAAUUCAUGAGAACAAAGCAAGUAUACCAAAGUGUACCAAAGGUGAGACAGUCUCCAGACAGACUUGUACUUUUGUCUAAUCACUUAGAACAAGCACCCAUAAAAAUUAUAAGCACCUUAAGGUUUUUCCUGUGUCUUUCUUGAUUUAGGAAAAACUUCAUAUUACUGCAGAUUUUAUUACCUUAUAUGUUUUGAUUAGGAUUCCUUUGGCUAUAAAUGAUAGCCAAAUUGUGCUGCUUCUCCUGCAUAAAUUUGAACAACUUCCUGAGCUGCCCACUAAUAAAAUAAGGAUAAUAAUACCUACUUCAGAAGAGUUUUAGCCAGGCAUAGUGGCACACACCUGUAAUC